GCUCACAUGUCCUCUGCUUGCAAUGCGUGGAUGUUGUCUGGAGAGCCGUCUGAAGAAUGCUGACUCUGCGGAAAGCUCUGGCCGCCGUUGUGCUCCUCAUCACAGCGACUCUGUUUGCAGCUGCAGCAGAAAAUGAUUCCCCGUUUUCCCUCACCAACAAGGCCACAGGACUGUGUUUGGUGAGAAGACUGAGCCGCUGCCUGGACCUGCGCUGGACCACCGGCAACCGCCUGUUGGUCACCUCCACCAAAAAAUGUCUGGGGGCUCAGGGUAAAAGCGUGGGGAGUGAAGUGAACCAGUAUGACUGCGACGAGAAGAGCCUCCUGCAACGGUGGGAAUGCAAGAACGACACGCUGCUCGCCCUCAGAGGCCAGCCGCUCUACAUGGAAGUUAAAUCGGACGGGACCAUUGCUCUGUCGAAAACCGUCGGACCGAACAACCACAUCACCAUCACGGACACGGCCAGCGGUGCCUGCACCAGGACACACAGAGAGCUGUACAGCAUUGGAGGAAAUGCCUUUGGAAAGAUCUGCAUGUUCCCCUUUCUGUACAAAGACCGCUGGUACGGAGACUGCACCACCCUCGACUCCAAAACAAAGCGCAGCUGGUGCGCGGUGGAAACCAAGUACGAGCACGAACAGUGGGGGUACUGCCCGAGCUCCUCCACAGAGCACUGGAGCAAAGAGGUGGUGACGGGAACCUACUACCAGAUCAACACGCAGUCGGCGCUGACCUGGGCGCAGGCCGACGCCAGCUGCAAACAGCAGGCCUCCUCCCUGCUCAGCAUCACUGACCCCGUCCAGCAGGCCGUGAUCUCAGCCCUUCUGGGAUCUGGCAGAAACAAACUUUGGAUCGGGUUGGUUCUGGACACAGAGCACGGCUGGAAGUGGACCGAUGGGAAGCCUUUCCGGUACCUGAAAUGGGACAGCGGAAACCCGCAGCCCAAUCCGGGACACAACUGUGGACUCCUGGACUCCAGUGGUCAGUUUUUGUGGGAAAGUUCCUCCUGCACCAAAAAAAUGGGCUACAUCUGCUACAAAGGCGGCAUCCCCCCGGCUCCCCCUCAUGUUGAAGAGGGCUUUUGCUCAGACCCCUGGAUCCCCUACAAUGGCCACUGUUUCCACCUUCACCGCACACUGCUGACAUGGGCAGACGCCCUAAAGGAGUGCCGCAAGGAGGGCGGGGACCUCAGCAGCAUCUACAAUGUGGAGGACCAAAGCUUCGUCAUCUCCCAGCUGGGUUAUGCGUCCAGCGACGAGCUCUGGAUCGGACUGAACGACAGAAGCACAGAGGGGCUGUUCGAGUGGAGCGACCACUCCACCGUCACCUUCACCAGCUGGGAAUUUGGGAAACCGCUGAAGUCUACAAGCGAAAACUGUGUCCUUCUGAGAGGAGAGAACGGCAACUGGGCAGACCGCUACUGUGAGGAGAAGCAUGGAUUUAUUUGCAUGAAGCAAAGUUCUUCUGAAAGAACCGGAGACGAAGUCGACUUAAACAUCGGCUGCAAAGCAGGAUGGAAAAAGCACGGCUCCUACUGCUACUUCAUAGGAACUGAAACAAAGACUUUUGAUGAGGCUAAGGACGACUGCAAGACCUCCAACUCCUACCUGGUGGAUGUUUCAAACGGGGUGGACAACGCCUUCCUGGUGAGCUUGGUGGGACAGAGACCGGAGAAAAACUUCUGGUUGGGGCUUUCCAACCAGAAGAACAUUGAUGUUUUUGUGUGGACCAACACGGAUCAAGUAAAGUUCACUCACUGGAAUGCAGGGAUGCCCGGUCACGCACAAGGCUGUGUUGCUAUGGCAACUGGGAUUUCCGCCGGGCUCUGGGAUCUUCUUCCAUGCACCAAUAAGGAGAAAUACAUUUGUAAGCACCAGGCAGAGGGAGCGGUUUUGACGGUUCCACCACCGACUCAGACCCCCCCGCAGUGUGCAGAGGACUGGACUCGGGUGGGAUCGAGAAACAUCUGCUACAAGUUUUUCACAGGACCUCGCUCAGAAGAGAAGACCUGGUUUGAGGCCAGAGAUUACUGCAGGGCCAUAGGGGGAGAUCUGCUGAGCAUCCACAGCCAGGCAGACCUGAUCUCCAGAAGAGGUGGAAAAGCUUGGAUUGGGCUUCACAUUGCUGACCCAAACACUGGUUAUGUAUGGAGUGACGGAAGCCCAGUAAACUUUCUGCACUGGCAGGAAGGAGAACCAAAUAACCACAACAACGCAGAAUCCUGUGCUGAAGUGCAAUUGUACAGCUGGGACGAGAACGGCUCCUGGAACGAUGCGAACUGUGAAAGUUACAACGACUGGCUGUGUCAGAUCCGUGCAGGGGUGACUCCAAAAGCGCCUCCAAAUAAUACUGUAACAGACUACAACAAGACUGCUGACGGCUGGAUUCAGUGGAAAGGAAAAGAGUAUUUUAUUAACACAAUGCCGCGGUCCAUGGAGGACGCUCGUCAUUUCUGCCAGCGGCAUCACGCUGACCUGGCAUCCAUUGGCAGUUUGGCAGAAAACAUCUUUUUAUGGAAACUGAUAUCCAGGAGCUAUGGCGCUUUUUACAUCGGUUUGUCAGUAGAUCUAGACGGAUCCUAUUGGUGGACGGAUGGAUCUCCAAUCUUGUUCCAGCAAUGGGACCAAGAUCAGCCAAGUACCACGGCCUAUGAUCAGAACUGCGUUUCCAUGAAGUAUCAGAUGGGUUUCUGGAGCACCUACAACUGUGGCAGAGAACUUCAGUCCAUCUGCAAACGGACGUUCUCCCCUCCCGUGAACACCACUGCAGCUCCAACUGCACCCCCCAAAGGAGGCUGCACUCCGCCAUGGAUGAAGUUUGACAAAAAGUGUUACAACAUCAUCAGUGACCGUAAAGCCACCUGGGAGGAAGCGCGGAAGCAGUGCAUCCGGAUGCGCAGCACCUUAGUCGCUGUUCCCUCCAGACAAGUCCAAGCAUUUCUGACCAUAAAAGCUGCAUCAAACUUGGCAUCAAACUUCUGGAUCGGUUUGAGCUGUUUAAACCAGGACGGAUUUUACUGGGCCGAUGGAAGCAGUCGCUCUUACACUAACUGGGGUUAUAAUAAAAACCAGCGGCGUCCUGGGAUGUUUUAUCAGAGAUGGGGCGAGGAAGACUGUGUGAUGAUGAGCAGCAACGUUUCCAGUGGGAUCGGUAAAUGGAUUAUUAAAUCCUGCAAUGACACCUAUGGAUUUAUCUGUCAAAAAAAACUUGAUGAAUCAACACAAGACCAAGGCGAAUCCAUAAACCCAAACAUCUACACACGCUUGGGAAACGACAGCAUCAAGGCUCUACCUCAGAACCUCACCUGGGAGGACGCCAUGAAGGCCUGCAAAGCUGACAACGCCAACCUGGCCAGCAUUCGAAGUGAAUUGAUGAAGGCUCAGGUUGAUCUGCUGGCUUUUACCCUUAAAGCUCCACUCUGGAUUGGAAUCAACAAAAACAAGACUGGAGGCUCUUUUAAGUAUGUUGACGGCUGGCACAUGAGUUUUGCCAAGUGGGCUGAGCUGGAGCCGAGCAGAGACCGGCCAUGUGUGUACGUGGACCAGGACGGAAACUGGAGGACUGCUUUCUGCAACCAGACCAUGAAGAGUCUUUGUAUGCAGACGACAGAUGUUCCUCUGCCAGACACUGAUGAAUUUUUUGGGAGAUGUCCUGAAGACACUAAUGUAGAGUACCAGGAGAGCUACACCUGGAUGCCGUUUUACGGUUAUUGUUAUCUGUUUGUCACCGAGGAGAUUGAAUGGGCAGACGCAGCUAGCAGCUGUGUCAGGCACGGUGGAAUUUUAGCAAGCAUUGAAGAUCCUGUAGAGCAACAGUUCAUCAAAAGCAACAUAGAAAUGUUUCAGGAUGUUCACACCUCUUUCUGGAUUGGCCUGUAUAAAACGCACAAGGGGGAGUGGCUUUGGUUGGACUAUUCAUUCAUGACUUUCACCAACUGGGCUCCAGAAGAGCCCGAUUCUGAAUAUGGAGCAAUCAUGACAUCAGAUGGAUCUUGGACUACAGGUCGAAGAUGGCAUGACAAAUCAUACAUCUGUAAAACUUAUAAAGUAAUGCACCUUGAUGAACUAGACCCGGAACGUCAUAGAGAUCCGACACUGUCAAACAGUCGAGUCCACUCCAGCCUGGUGGUCGUGCUGCUCAUCGCCAUCAUCUCUGCUCUUAUAGCUGUUGGAUUCUUCCUCUACAAGAGGUCUCCUAUUCCUCUCCCCACCUUUGAAAAUCCUCUGUACUUCAACAGCGAGCCGUCUCAGCCGGAUGUGGUCGACACCAACAGACUGAUAGAGAACGCGGAAACCCCUGAGCCCAUUGUAACUCUGUGAUUCUGAAAGUGGAGCCUGAACUCAGAAGUCACACUGAUGUCGUCUUACUUUGGGUUUUACACCACGCAGUGCAUAUUUGGUUAUUUAAUUACCAGUCAAGAGUUUCCGUGGAGUUGGGAUCAACAUGGAACGGAACUAUUUAGGCUCUAGGAUGUCCCAGUGGGAGGGAGAGAGGACUUUUCUUUGAAUGUAUAUAAAAAGGUGCUGACACCUCACAUGCUGUACAUUGCUUGUAUUUCUGAAAUCUGUAAAAACCUCACUGAUUGUCACAUUAAAGCAAACGUUACAGAAAGCA